CGCCUCCUGUGAAGGCAUGUUCAGCUUGGAACAAAGUCCUGUCAGGCUGCCCUUGGCACCACGACAACGCUGAGAGCCAGUGCCAACCCCACAGGGGCUGUUGUGGCUGGCUGGGCUGUGGCCCAGAAGGUCUCAGCUCCCUGCAGGUCCCCUCAGCCUCUCCUCUCCUUCCACCCCAGGCUGCCGAGUGCGUCCACCCCACAGAGCUCAGGGAACGUCAGCCCCGGGCCCUGAGGCUUCUCUGUCCCAAUGGAGAAAGAAACCCAAGAGCCAAAUUCUUCAGGCCAAGUGGAAGCCCUGAACGUCUGCAGUGAUUCAGAGAAACAGUGCAAAUGGGGGUCCUACAGAACCGAGUCAGACCAGAGAACAUCCCCCAAGGUGCGUGUUCUUCUCGCUCUGAGUGUGUCCCUGGGGAUCCUCACCUUGAGCCUGGCUGGAGCAGUGAUUGUUCUCAGUGUGAGACACAGGUUCUCUGAGCUGGAAUUCUCCCACGUGUGCCCAGACACCUGGCCUGGUUUCCAAGGAAAAUGUUAUUAUUUUUCUGAGGCUGAGGGCAACUGGACCACGAGUCGGGAAAGGUGUGAGGCCCUGGGAACUUCCCUGGCCACCAUAAGCACGAGGGAGGAACUGGCCUUCCUUCUGCGCUAUAAAGGCGAAGCAAACCACUGGAUCGGGCUGGAAAAGAGGGAUAAUGGCUGGGAGUGGAUCAAUGGCACGGCCUUGAACGGCAGGCGGGUCCCUGUGCCCGUGCUGGAGCCCUGGG